AUGUUCAAAAUUUUUUCGAAUUUUUUGGAUCGUAUACGCGAACAUUCAAAUAAUUACCACAUAGUACAAGAAUUUAACAAGAACAACAGAUACAAAAUCAAGUUUUCACUUUAUUAUGACGUAAUUCUAAAUCCUCCAAAUCGUAAUUAUCCAUUAAAUGUCGGAUUCUAUAUCCGCUUUCCAGAGUAUGUAUUUAACUUUUUGAGAACUAUCCAAACUCCUAAUCAAUGCUGUUUCAAACGCAUUUCUCUUCAUUCACCUCAUCAAAUUAUUCCAUUUACUCGAGGAAUUGAACUAAGUGAUUCGAGUCUGGACUUUAUUUCAAGAUGUGCGAUAAAAACAAUUCUAGAACACGACGAUUUAUGUCAUCAUCGAUAUGAUAUUCAUGGUAUUCGCGAACUUGGAAUUAUUUUUGAUGGACUUAUAAUAAAAUUUUUGAUGAAACCAGAACUUCAUACUCCGUCGAAAGUCAUUAGAGUUUUACGAAGAUUUUCUAAGAACGCACAAUUUACAGAACGUCAUCUAUUCAUUUUCAGUAAACCAGACACGUGCAUAGGUUGGCCAUUCAAUGAAUAUGAAUACACAAAAUUAGAUGAACAUAAUCCUGCUAAAAUAUUCCUAGAAGAGAUGCAAGAAACAUACUAA